AUGACUUCGUUGAUCCCGUGGAGAGGCGGCGGGGGACGGGCUUUUGACCCCGUCUUCUCGGAGGUGUGGGACCCGUCCGUCGUCGGCGGCGGCUGGCUCAGGGAGCCCGGCUGGCGCGGCCGCGACGAGACCACGGCCAUCGCUCACACCUUCGUUGACUGGCGAGAGACCUCCGAGGCGCAUAUCUUCCGCGCCGACAUCCCCGGUCCGAAGCGCCGCCUUUUCCCUUUCUUAGAAUGCCGCCCCCGUCCUCUGAUGUCUGAUGCCACCGUUUUCUGCAGGGGUGAGGAGGGAGGAGGUGAAGGUCCACGUGGAGGAUGGGAACAUCCUGGAGAUCAGCGGGGAGAGGAGCAAGGAGGAGGAGCAGGGGACGGACACGUGGCACCGGGUGGAGCGCCGCCGGGGGAAGUUCCGGCGGCGCUUCCGGCUGCCGAACGACGCCGACAUGGACGCCGUCCGGUCCUCGCUGGAGCACGGCGUCCUUACGGUGACCGUCCCCAAGAGGCUCGGAGCCGUCGGCGGCCAGCCCACCGUCCGCGCCAUCGACAUCUCCUGA